UUAAAAAGCGAAAAAGAGGUAAAUAGUGGUGUCGUGUCAAAUUGAAACUGCCACGAUGGUCGGUGAUUUCUUCUCGGCCUACAUUUGCCGCAAUAACGGAGGCCACUCUUGAUUACACGUCAGUUAAUGUCAGUUGCCCACACUCCAUCUUUUGCAUGUUUUUUAACGCAAAUGCUCAUUUAUGAAUUUCUUGGCUUGCCCACUCACCCCAAACAACUCGUUCGAUUUACCCCGUUCUUAUUUCUUUAUCACUGCCAGAACCUGAAUCUCUGUACGUCCGUCCGUCGUGCUAUUGCUACGGACGAUUCUCUCCCUCAUUGAAUUACAAAUUUAACCCGUCUGCCACAGUUAAUAAUUCGAAUUUCCCUUCCAUGGAACCGAUACCGCCGGAGUCCGGAGAGGAUUAUAUUCAUAUCGAGAAUCCGAACCCUGAUAACGUUGAGGCACUGAGUGAAAGCGUUUUUAGUCUUGGCGAAAGUGUGGUUUGUUAUGGUGAUGAGGUGAAAGAUUCGAGCAAUGCCUUUUCGGAGGAGACAAGGAGGGAAUUGCCUGAGGAACUCUUGAAGAGUGUGGUUUUCCUCACUUGCGAGUCAUGCGCGGAAGGCGGUACGUGCGAUGUGUUUGUUGUUGGAACUGCUCAUGUUUCCAAGGAAUCAUGCAGAGAACUGGAAGGAAUAAUUGAAUAUUUGAAACCACGGGUGCUUUCUUUUUCAAAAUUCAAUUACACUUCAUUCAUGGAUGGGUCAUUUUUUGCAGGCUGUUUUCUUGGAAUUAUGCUCAAGUCCAGUGGCUAUCCUUACUUGGUGAUCAUCCAGUACAGGUACAUGUCAUCAACAUUGCUAAGAGUUGCUAAUGAGCAUAGUUCAGUGGUUGCUGUUGUUGGUAGGGGACACCUACAAGGAAUUAAGAAGCACUGGAAGCAACCUAUUUCGACAAACAAUCUUAUGGCAAUUCCUACACAGAAGCCACUGCUUUCUGCAGCAAAAAUUCUUACGACUCUUGGUGUUGCUGGUGCUGAGGCGGCUAUCAUUUUGGGCAUGUAUCUUAAAUUGAGAAAAUAGAUUUUGUCUAUGAUUAUAUUUAUAUUCAGGUUCAGGCAACAGAGGCAUCUGAACUGAAGGCAAAACUUUUAGAAUUGAAAAGCUGUAAAUGACAAAUAAUGACUUUGUAUACGUGUAAAUUUUUGUUUGCUGAUAAGUUCAUUUUGUGAAGGUGACAAGUAGCCUAUGUGAAAGUUUCUUAUUUGUUUUGUAAACGCCUAUAUGGCUACCAAAUGUCAACAGCAGAAACAAAUGGAAUUUAUAUAAAGAAGAAUCUACUGUGGCAUAGGAAAGAUUAAUGAAAAUUUGUUGAAAGUUCA